CACUACCGGCAUCCGUUUACAAGUGUUUGUUGUUGUUUGGGUUUCUUAAAUAUUAGUUUUUAAAGCUAAGUAUAAGCAUUCCACUCUAAUAUGGAUGCUGGGGAAAGAAAUGACCCAAUGACAAUGUGGAAGCCGGACGUUGGUAGACUGACAAGGUCUACAAAGCUUAGAAAACUUAUCAAUGCCAAAUAUGGAACUUGUCUUGAGAACUACAGAGAUUUUCAACGCUGGUCCUGUGAAAACUAUGCUGAAUUUUGGGCAGAGGUUUGGGACUUCACAGGGGUUGUCCACUCACGGUCGUACACUUCUGUUGUGGACAAAACAAAGAAAAUUACGGACAUUCCUGAGUGGUUUAUAGGGAGUCAACUGAACUUCGCUGAAAAUCUUCUUAGAUUUGAUGAUGACAAAGUGGCCAUUUAUUCCACAGGUGAAGGAAGAGAAAAGAUCGAGGCAAUAACAUUCAAGGAACUUGGACAGAAGGUGGCAGUGUAUGCAUCAGCAAUGAGGAGACUCGGUGUGACAGUUGGUGAUAGGGUUGUAGGGUACAUCCCCAACUGUCCUGAGGCGGUGAUUGCGAUGCUGGCUGCCGCCAGUAUUGGGGCAAUCUGGAGCUCUACCUCGCCUGACUUUGGCGUUGUUGGCGUGCUGGACAGAUUCUCCCAGAUCCAGCCCAAGAUGAUCUUCAGUGUGAACGCUGUCCACUACAAUGGCAAGGUCUAUGACCACCUCGAGAAACUGGAGAAAGUUGUACAGGGUUUACCUGAACUGGAAAAAGUUAUAGUCAUUCCAUUUGUACCAUCAGCUUCUUGUAAAAUCAGCAACAUUAAAAGCAGCAUAAUGUUGGAAGAUUUCCUGCAGUCGGGUAUUGUUGAUGGUCAGGUCCCAGUGCUGAGGUUUGAGCAGGUUCCAUUCAGUCACCCCAUGUUCAUCAUGUACUCCUCGGGCACCACAGGGGCUCCUAAAUGUAUGGUCCACUCUGUUGGGGGUACACUAAUGAAGCACCUGGAGGAGCACAUGGUACAGGGUGACCUUACAAGGGACGAUGUCAUGAUGUAUUACACUACAGUAGGUUGGAUGAUGUGGAACUGGCAGGUGUCUGUGCUGGCGGUGGGAGCUGCUAUUGUCCUGUAUGAUGGAUCUCCCCUUGUACCACAUGAUAACAUCCUAUGGGAUAUUGUUGACAAUGUCAGUGUAACGGCCCUUGGCACCAGUGCAAAAUGGUUGGCUGUGAUGGAAAAUAAAGGACUCAGACCAGGCACCACCCACAAGUUGUCGAGUCUACGUAUGAUCCUGUCAACUGGUUCCCCACUCAUGCCCAACAGCUACGACUAUGUGUACAGGGAGAUCAAGAGCGACCUGCUGCUCGGGUCAAUUACUGGUGGUACAGACAUUAUAGCCUGUUUUAUGGGUCAUACGUGGGAUGCCCCGGUGUACAGGGGGGAAAUACAGCAGAUGCUUCUUGGUUGUGAUAUGGCCACCUUCGAUGAAAAUGGUAAACGUGUGUAUGAUGAGGAUGGUGAACUGGUGUGUUUCACUCCCUUCCCCUCCAUGCCAACCAAGUUCUGGAACGAUCCCCAUGGAGACAAAUACAGGAAGGCUUACUUUGAAUCCUACCCAGGUGUGUGGGCCCAUGGUGACUACUGCAAGUUCAACAGCGAGACAGGGGGCUUCAUCAUGCUGGGGAGAAGUGAUGGUACAUUGAAUCCAAAUGGUGUGCGCUUUGGGAGCUCUGAAAUAUACUAUAUAGUGGAAUCCUUCAAAGAAAUUCAGGACAGCAUCUGCGUAGCUCAGCGCUGCAGGGAUCUCUCAGAAGAGCGGGUUAUACUGUUCCUGAAGAUGGCACCAGGGGCUCCGUUCACUCCAGAUCUGGUUAACAACGUAAAGACCUGUAUCAGGAAACACCUGUCAGCACGACAUGUCCCUGCCUUUGUGCUUCCUUGUACGGACAUUCCAUACACAAUCAGUGGUAAGAAGGUGGAGGUGGCUGUCCGGCGUGUGAUCGCGGGUCAAGAGGUUCUACAGAAGGGGGCACUGGCCAACCCGGACUGUCUACUACAGUAUGCCAAUAUACCAGAGCUCCAGGGAUACUGACACAGUCAUGAUACACUCACAUCCGGCUUCUGUCUUACACAAACGUUUCUGGCCUGGUUGUAAAGAGCAAUGAAAAAAGCAGGCUUUUUACUUUUAAACACGUUUAUGUAUAUGUUUAGCUUAGAGGCAACUAAGGAAUUAACCCUAAUGUGUGAGGAAAAUAUGCUUCAUGUAUAUCUUGAUAUUAAAGACCGUUUAAUGCUAGCUGAAUCGAAUACUGAGGAAAAGGGAAAUGCUUGAAAUACUAUAUUUAUUUCAUAAAUUAUGUAUACUAUGUAACGGCUUUGUUGAGAACUACAAAAAGCAUCUUAGUAAUUAAAUCAACUCAGUGAAAAAAAUGUUUUAUUUAUAAGUUCAUUUAAAGAAAGGUAACAAUGAUUUUAUACAAGGGUCAUCCGGUGAAAGGUUAACAUAUUCUUAAGUAUAAUCAUAUAAACAUGUACUGACUUUGUUCUAUUUUGUUGUGUGUUUUAAGUUUUAUUUAUUAAAAUGUAUUUAUUGAAUAAAAUGUUACUGUGAAAUGUGA